GUCGCCGCCACGCGACUGUAGCCCCCACCAAAAGCGUAAGCGUGUGUCACGCUCCGGAUAGCUCUCGGUGCGUGCCCAUUAUUGAGGAGGGGGUAAGGGGCGCGUGUAGCAACGACGCUGUCGUGGGGGUAACCUGGCCGUAGGCGCGGUGGGGAUGGAAUUACGCUCGCGUAGGGACCGCCAGUAGUUCCGUGCUGUCUGCCGUGCGGGUUGGAUACGUGACGUGUCCGCGACGUGAUAGACUCGCCUCGUCACCCCUUUAGCCACCCUUACCCUGCGAAACGAACGUCGCGCGCGUCAGCAAACGUCGAACCUCGCGCGCGCUCUCGUUUCUCUCUCCCUCGCGCUUUCUCCUUUCUCGAGUGGUGGACCCGGGGACACGAGGAGGAGAGUUCGAUCGCGCGGAAGAAAACGUCACUCGCGCCUCUCCGCGUCCGCGUUUCGCACCUGGUGAGAUUCUCGUUUCAUCCCUCCCAUCCCCUCGCCACCCUCCCCCCGCGGACUCGGAGCGACCGCGUUCGGUGGACGCGCGGAGUAUUACAUGUCGUGAUGUCGCGGGGUGAGCGACGCGCGCCGCCGAGAGGACUCGCGGCCGUCGAGGGUGCCCCGUUCUCGUCCUGACGAUACCAGCCCUCGUGCGCGUCACCCUCGCUGGACACUAAAGUGGUGCGUCCGGUUAGAAUAAUGUUGUUGGUGUGAAGUGGGAUAAAGGCCCGCGACGGUGGUGUAUCCGGGUAUCUCGUCGAAUGGAUCGGGGAUACGUCUUUAGAGAUAUUGCGCCGUCGGCUCUGUCCGCUCGUGAUCUCGACGCACGUCGUAAGCGAGACGAGAGGGAGGAGAGCGCGUAGACGCGAGCGCGAGACGCCCGUACUCCGCUCCGUGCUGCUGCUGUUGUCGCCGCCGCCGUCGCCGCCACCGCCGCCGCCGCUGCUGCUGCUGCUGCUGCUGCAUCCCUCCCGUAUGCGAAGUGUGUGCGACGUGUAACACCUGUGACAGUUACCCGUGGGAUACCACCGCGGAUUAUACGUUUCUUCGACCGCAAAGGGGUGGUUGAAGGCGCCGUGUGCGGGAUUACACACAUACAUACGUAUAUACACAUCACACACACAUACACACACGCACACGCACACAUACAUACGUACACAAAUACACUCAGUGGUUCUCUCCUUGGUGGUGCACACACGUUACGGCGGAUUCAUCCCCCUAAAGGAUAUGUCGCUAUAGUACUCGGCACGGAUCGCAGCUACGAUGGCCGGAUACUCCAGUGCGCUCAAUACGGAUUUCGCUCCGGAAUCAGCGCGGAGGAUGCGACGAUCGGCGAUCGAUGCUAUCGGGGAUGCCAGAGAAUCCUCCGGAUGCGCGAUAACGAGGAACGAGAGCAGAAGGGUCAGGCGAAGAACGGUGCCGUUAAUAAUUUGUCUCUCGCUGCUGAUGACAAUGGAGACGAAGACAGUGGCAGCUACGAACGUGACAAACGCGUCGUCCGUGCUAGCGUCGACGCUGAAGCCGUUUACAACGACGGAAGUAGUUUAUCAGCGAUUCGCCAUCGAGCCGAUGGAUCAAACCGCGGUGAUUGGCAGCCGGGUGACGCUUCCAUGCCGAGUUCUCGAUCAGAAGGGGCCCAUUCAAUGGACCAAGGACGACUUUGGCCUGGGAGCAGUUAGGAAUCUCACCGGAUACGAGCGAUACGCCAUGAUCGGCAGCGACGAAGAAGGUGAUUUUUCGCUGCACAUAUAUCCGGUAGAACUCGAGGACGACGGCACGUAUCAAUGUCAGGCUUCACCGACAAACGACGGACAGCCGGCUUUACGAUCGAGAUUUGCCAAGCUGAGCGUGCUAGUGCCACCGCAGAAGCCGAAGAUCCUGCAGGGUGACUUCCUCGUCACCACCGAAGAUCGAGAACUAGUGAUCGAAUGUAUAAGCAGCGCCGGAAAACCACCGGCGGAGAUCACGUGGAUCGAUGGACUGGGCAACGUGCUACACCGUGGCAUCAAGACCACGAAGGAGCCGUACGAUAACGGUCCGCUGACUACUGUAAAGUCCGUCCUGAGAGUGAUGCCACGGAAGGAUCACGACAACACGACUUUCACGUGCCAAAGUCAAAAUAUGGCGGAUCGUUCGCCGCAAAGCGCCAAACUUCGCGUGGAGGUACGUUACGCACCGAAGGUAUCCCUUUCGAAGAUCGAUCGCAUCGUCGAAGGUUCCGAGCUCAGGUUCAAAUGUUUCGCCGAGGCCAAUCCGCCCGACGUGGAAUACAGGUGGUUUAUCAACAAGAAAAAGGUGAUCGGGGACUACACCACGGAGAUGAUUAUUCACAAUGCUACCCGCGAGCUGCACGACGCGACCGUGAAAUGCGAGGUCUCGAACGAAGUUGGUAAAAGUGAGGAGAGCCAAACCCUGGAUAUAAGAUACGGCCCGCAGUUUCGGCACCCGCCGGUCUCUGUAGAAACGCAUUAUGGCGCGACGGAGAUCCUGCAGUGCGACGUAGACGGGAAUCCGACGCCGGAGAUUCUGUGGUACCACGAGGAUUCGGAGCGAACGGUCGCCACCAGUCCGAACAUAAGCGUCUUUGUGAGUCCCGACACCGCCGGCCGUUACUACUGCAAGGCCCGUGUGCACGGCUUUCCGGAAUUAACCGGCCAUGCCAACAUCUACAUUCGUGCACCACCGAGCAUCGUGUCGCAAAGGAUCCAAUACGUGCCCGACGAAGGUGUGGUAAAGGUUAAGUGCACCGCGAUAUCCGUGCCAAAAGCGGAAUCGGUGGUGUGGAGCUUCGCCGGUCGCGAGCUCAAUUUCACGUCGAACAAUACGCCGUUCUACGUGCAAGAGGAAUACGCGGCCGAGAGGGUAGUCAGCACUGUCACCCUGCUGGAUCCCAUAUCGACGUACUUCGGGGAUUACAACUGCACGGUUACGAACAGCUUCGGCACGGAUUCCGUCAUCAUCAAGCUGACGGCACACACGUUGAUUCCAGUCGAUUGGCAACUGAUCUUGAUCAUCGCCGGACUGGUUGUCUGCGUGAUCCUAAUUGGCAUAAUAGUGAUACUCAUUCUACAAUGUCGUGAGCGUAUUAAGCAGCCACGGCCACGAACAACGCCGACUCAAGAGACUGAUAUGCAGGAAACCGAUUCUAACGCCGAUCGAUACAGAGAAAGCGAUAGGAGUAGCAACCUCUCGGAUGUCAAAGCGGACAUUCGAGCGGGAUCCAGUGUCAGCAACGCGGAAAGUGUCACGGCCCUUGACAGUGAAGGCGAAGGAAGUACCAGAGGAGUAAACGCCUUGGCGCUUGCUGGACCAGUGCCGAAUCCAUUAUCCGGUUAUCGUUACAGCGCCGAUUAUACCGAGCCUUCCUUCCCGCCGAAGAAUAACGAUGGUAGUAACAAUAACGGUUACGUGCCAUACGUUGACUACACUCGCGAUUAUAUGCCACCAACGACGCAGAGCAUGGGCGCUUCGCGAGAGUCCUUAAGCAGGAUAUCCUCGAGCGGUAUUCUGUCAUCGAAAAAAAUCGGACUCAGCUCGGCCAACCUGGGCAGCUCGACAACGCCGCAGACAACGCCGAUCGAUCCGCGAUUUUCCGCGACAUACGGCAAUCCCUAUCUCAGAAUGUCAGCGGCCGAGCAGCUCCGACACGCGCCGCACACAGCCGUGCCGGGAGUCACGCCGGCACCGCCGCCGUACACGCAGGCAAUGAGAAUGAAUAGCUUGAAUACCUUGAACGGCGCUGGCCCGCAGGCCCCACUGUCAGCGCAUUACAUCACCGGCGGUCCAAACGGGGCCAUGGCGACGGUGAAGCGCACAUCCGCGGUGGGCACGUUAGCGACGCACGUAUGAGGCCAGGGGAUCUAUCCGAAU